GGGAAAUGGCGACCGCCAAUUUUAUCGACGACUUGAUUACCUCUGAGAUAGAUGAAAGUGCCGUUAGUGCCUUAGUUGGUGCAUUAGAAGGACAGUUGGCUUCCCCUACACACAAGGAUAACUCACAGUCGAUAUCAGAAUCUUCUAUAAAUAAUAAUCAUAUCACUACAGCAAGCACUCCGGUAGCUUGCACUGCUUCAUCAUUCAACAUUGUACAGACCAAUGUAACACAGGGACUAAAAGGUUUGUCUUUACCAAAUAGUGUGACUGUGAACUCUGUCACGAGUCCGUUGGUGAAACUGACCCAAUCAGAUCCCCAGAUCAUUGGUAUAAAUUCCAUAAUAAACUCAAACAAUGUUGCAGCAUCCAAUAACAAUACUCAAAAUAACAGGGAAUCACCUGCAUCUAACUCAAGCAGAGUUGUAAACAACCAACAUGCUGUUAGAAUAAUACCUAACACUCAGCCUCAUGUGAAUUCAAGAAGUUCCCCAUUACCACAAGCAAUUGUCAAUUCUAAUAGUUUGGUGCAUACAAACCAUAUUCCGAGUGCAAAUUCACCACUUAUAGAUCUAAAUAGGACUACUCAUUCUCCUAAUGUAAAUACAAGAAUUGUCAUUUCAAAACCAGGUGAAACAGUAGUUGAUCAGAAAUCUGUGAUAAUACCACAAGUUACAUCAAGUGCUGGAGGGAUCACUAUUCCACAACAAUAUUCUAGUCAUCAGGAUGUAGUAUUAAAACCAGGACAUAUUAUUUUGAAACAUGACAAUGUGAACUCUGGGAAUGUAAAUGCUGUAAAGCAAGAACGUGUAACAGCUCUCAAACAGGAAGGCUCUAUGAACACUCAACAGCAUAGCCAGUUUUUAAUUAAAAAUGAGCAACAUACGACGAGAAGUCCAAUUUCAAAUGUGAAACAUGAAGGCUGUCCGACAAUUCAGACUAUACAGACUGUUCAUGGAACGCAGCACAUUCAAACCGGAUCUGUACCUUCAGCUGCUGGAAGUCAAAUCACACAGGCAACUAAUGUUCAUAUAGUUAAUGCACCAAUUAAAGGUGGUGUUGCAGGGAAUCCAAGUGUUAUUACAGUGAGGACUCCAGGACAAGCGCAGCCUGGUCAGGUUGUGAUGCGUCAACAAACGCCACAUUCAAGUGGUGUGCCUAUGCAUGUGGUUAGUGUUAGUGGUUCCAAUGUGGUGCCAAGAUUUACAAACAGUAAGGGAGCAGUGGCACGGGUGGCGACUGCUUCUCCUGCACGACAACAGCAAAUCAACAUAGCACCUCGGCCAGGAACCACAGCGGGAACUAUCACGUUGCCUCAAGGGAUGUUACCACAUGGUGGGAUGUUGAUGAAAAAUGAGCAAGGCCAGUUUGUUAUCGUCACUGCUAACCAAGGGGGAGUGCAGCAGGCAGUAUCUACGACAAUGGCUAGUUCUACAACAGGGCAUCGCAUUCAGUAUGUCAGGCCCCCUACCACAGUCCAGGCACAUGCACGGCCUCCCACCACUCAGAUAGUCACCAUCCAACACCCGUCUGGUACCCCCAUCGCAGGCCAACACCAGACAGUUCUCCGUCAGACCGUCCCUUCCUCAGGAGCCCCUGCCCUCGUGUCUACAGCAUCAAGCCAGGUUGUGCAGACAGUUCGGGCAACCAACCCCAGUAUGGCACCACACACCUCAACAGCUCCUGGCACAACCCAAAGUUCUGGUCAGGUCCAACAACAACCACUAGAUAAUGUAAAAAAGUGUAAAAACUUCCUCUCAACAUUGCUGAAGCUUGCAGCUGGACAACCCAAAGAAACGGUCAAAAAUGUCAGAGAGCUCAUCCAGGGUCUCAUUGAUGGGAAAGUAGAGCCUGAAGCGUUCACAGAAAGAUUACAGGCUGAACUGAAGUCAUCACCACAGCCAUACCUAGUCCCUUUCUUGAAGAAAAGCCUGCCUCUGUUGCGGAGGUCGCUGAUACAGAACAAAAUGUCUAUAGAAGGAGUAAGGGCACCUCCUGUGUCUGUCCUGCAGCAAAAUGUGAUGCCCACAGCAGCAACGUCGGUGGGCCAAACACAAAACCAGAUCCCUCAUCUCCUACACACAGCCAAAAGUCAGCAGGGGAUGAUACAGGUGCAGCAUAUACAGAAGGGUGUGGCUCACCAGAGGGGCAGCUUACCAAAGACAGUGGUGACAAUGGCUGGGCGGAGCCAGGUGGCUCACCACGGGGUGCAGGGGCUCCCCACAGUCAGCACCAUACAGGGACAAACAAAGACACAUGGCAGCACAGCGGGUCACCGCGAAAAACCCAAAUACGACUCCCUCAAAGAUGAUGAUGACAUCAAUGAUGUGGCAACUAUGGGUGGUGUGAAUCUGUCCGAAGAAUCCAAAAAUAUCCUUGCCACCAACGCAGAUUUCAUAGGGACACAGAUACGCUCCUGUAAAGAUGAAGCCUUUCUCCACCAUGCAACCUUACAAAGUCGGAUAAGUGCUAUAGCAAAGAAACAUGGUGUAGAUGAAGUGUCGUCAGAUGUGAUCAAUCUUGUAUCUCAUGCCGCUCAGGAACGGAUGCGAGAUGUUUUAGAAAAAUUAGCAACAAUAGCGGAACAUAGAAUAGAAAUAUAUAAGAUGAAUGAUAGGUUUGAAUUGACCAAGGAUGGGAAGUCUCAAUUAAAAUUUAUAGAAGAGCUGGACAAGUUAGAAAAGAAAAGGCACGAGGAACAAGAAUGGGAAAAAAUAAUGAAGGCAGCCAAGAGCCGAUCAAAACAUGAAGACCCUGAACAGCAGAAAAUUAAACAAAAGGCCAAAGAGUUACAACAAGCUGAGAUAGAGCGGCUGAGACAAGAAGAAGCAAAUCUUACAGCAUUAGCAGCAAUAGGUCCUCGAAAGAAACGCAAAACAGACUUUGGGGAAUCAAGUCAGGGAAGCUCUGGAGGGUCGAAUCUGUCCAAUGGUCUUGGAUCAUCGUCAUCUAGAUCUACAUCCAGACCAAGGAUUAAAAGAGUAACAUUAAGAGAUGUCCUUUUCUUCAUGGAACAAGAACGAUCUAUGUGCAAGUCCAAGGUUCUAUACAAGACAUUUUUGAAAUGAGGAGGUACCGAAUUUAGGACUUGGUAAUAAGAAAUUGGACUCUUUUAUCCGUCUCUGGGAGACAGGCUGUGUGAAGCUUUAAAAGUGCUUGAUUGUACACAGAAAAAGGUGGGUAAGUGGUAUACUGCCUACACACAGUGCUACGGUUGUAGGAAAUGUCUUGGACAAGGAGUAAAGCCUCAUGGCGACACCUGUCUAACAUGCUGUGUCGCUACACAGUCAGGUCAUCAGCCAUAGCUGUCGGUGCUUGCCAACAAGGGGACAAGUCUACAGAUACAGAAGGGAACAUCACCAUGUUUCCCAAGUUGAUUGCCAAGGAAAGAUGCGUUCUGCAAUAAGACAAGAUCAGGAGGUUCACUCGGCAUCAGGAACCCAUAUGUUCCUUGCUUCGAUGUGUCUUGCAAUAAUAAGACAAACAAAAUCCUAUCCCCAGAUCAACAAAGGAGUUAGUAGGACACCUAGGUUGCUAUACAUGUAACUGUUAUAGCAUGUCAGGAGUGGAAUUCAAAGCUGAAGAGAACAGCCAAAGUAGUCAUAUCUACUCAAACACUGAGAUUGUGAUGGUCCCGUCAGGAGAGCUAGACCAGUCCUGGUAGUCAGGUCUGCUCCAUGCUUUAAGAGACAGAGCGGCCAUGCUAGCUCAAACAGAUCGACUGUGAUGGCCAUUGUCUGGAGAGCUAUGGAGAUGACUCUGGGCAAUCAUGUCUGGUGCAACAGAGAGACUGACUGCUGCGUCAGGAGACCUAGAGAGACAAAUCUGGGUAGUCACAUCGGUUCUCAUAUGAAAGCAGACUGACGACCACAUCAGAGGACCUGGAGAGAUAUCUCUGGCUAAUGGUGUCUACUGCAACAAAGACUGUGAUGGCCACGUCAGGCUAGUCAUCAUUGCUCUUAACAAAGAUAUUGAAUGAUGCCUCAGGAGAGUUUGAAAGAUAGACCGAGACUGGUAUCGACAGUAGAGACUGAUAGCUGUAGAUAUGGAGAAGAGUUUGGCAAGUACCUAGCUCAGAGGAGGAGAGGAGCUUUGUGUGUUAACUGUGAUGUUCUGGAAAAAAUAUUUAUGUUGUAAAAGCUGAACUUGUGAUAAGAAUAUCAGGUGUGGGUUACACAGAAGCACUUACCCAGCAUUACUUUUACAGGAGGAGAUGCUUCAGGUUUACUGUUAACCAAAGACUGUGAUUUGAUGGGGAAACUUUUCCUGGAUACAGGAGAUUGUGGAGUAGUGGUCAUAUUGUGAUGGUUGACCAGGUUACUCUAAAAGAUGCUUUUGUUUCAAGAAAUAUAACAUUAGGGUGAUGACAUGGUUGUUGCAGAAAACUUCCAAACGUUUCCCUGUGAAAUGGUUCGGAAUCAAAGGAAUGCAAAAAGAACAGUCACUGCUGAGGUUGUACAGCUUGCUGCUUUGGAAGAGGAGAUGUUCUUCAAUGCAAUGAGAAGAAAAGGAGCAAUGAACUGAAACUCACUUGAGGUGCAAGAAAGAUAUCAAAAGUUGUGGGAACUGGGAGAUGAAGUAGAGAUGUGAAGUUGGUACUUGGUAAAACUAUAACUUAGUAUAAGUUCAUAGAAGGAUCUAGUAAUGGGGUCAGUUAGUGCUACUACAUGUACUACCGUCAUGUAUGUGGGUGUCUCACCCUAUGUCUGGUAAGUGUGGUCUGUGUGAUGGGUGGUUAGCAGUCACGUGCGUACUACCGUCAUGUAUGUGGGUGUCUCACCCUAUGUCUGGUAAGUGUGAGAAGAACGUCUUAUGUCUCUACCAUUCCAUUACCUGAAAUUAUUUGAUUAUUAUAUGUUAUAUUUAGUCAGAGGGAAAACUGGUAUAUAAUGCAUACACAGACCUUGCUCAAAAUAUGUAAAUAAUAAUAAGGGGAAAAAAAUGUUUUUCUUCCAUAUUUUCUAGACAUAUUUAUUAAUCCUGUUAAUAUUUUUUCAAACUGCUUAACAUUGGCAUUUAAAAGAGAAAAUGAGACUUACCGGUAAUAUGUGACCCUAUAUACUACAAUAUGUACUUUAUGAGAGCUCUUUCAGAUUUGAAUAUAGUGGGCAGAGAGAAAUGUAAUUUUAAUAUAUAUCUUGUAAUAUAUUGGUGACAGGGUCCGAAAUAAUUGUUAAGUGGGCCCAUGGAAGAAAUAAUUAUGGAUGGUCGAGAUCACAUAAAACAGUCACCCCUUUUCCCCAUUUACUUAUUUCUGGUAUAGCCCUGAUUUUUUAUGGCAGAGCUUUGAAUUUUUAAAAAGAAAACCGAUUUUGUGCCAAACACAUUUCACAGAAGCCCUGUGAUUACUAGAGUUAUUCUUUAAAAAGUAGCCAUACAGCAUAUUGUCAGUGUGUGUGUCUAUGUAUAUGUGGAAUGUCAGCCGGCCAGGUAGUAGGUAGUUGUGACCCCAAACAGUCAAUAAAAAUUUACAGAUCUAGAGCAGUGGGAAAAGCAUUGAACCGGAAUGUAGCAAGUACGGGGUGUUAUAACAUAACACAUCAUCACAGUGCGACACCCAUCUCACAGUGAGGAAUGACGAGGAAUGGUAGACCACGCACAGUGGUGGGAGGUAUCACUAUAACUAGGGCCUGGUGAUAUUGAAAGUAAAUGUUAAGUUUUGAUAUUCAAGUUGUACACUUUUUGUGGACUAAGCAGGAAAGGGCAGUGCCUAACCCUGCAAGGCAGCAGUCAACCAUGACCUUUUGGUGACCUUAACACCAUAUGGCCUUGGUUUGACCUUUAAACUUACACUGACCUUUGUGUCAAACAUUUUUGUGUAACAACAUUUAUCUUCAGACUGAGAUGUGUAUUUCAGUCACCAUACAAAAUAUUUGGGAACUCAUGAAUAUUUAUGCUGAGUAUGCUUUGUCAUCUGUAAUCGUAACCAAGUUUUAUCACCACAUGUGACCUUCAGGUUUGUCACAUGCUUAUCAUUAGUAGGGUCAUUGAAUUGCAUCAUGAAUACUGCUUUAUAUUGUUGUCUACAUUUUGCAAACGUUUUCUACUAAGCAUUGUAAUCGGAUAAAAAUUGUGUUCAGAUGCUUCUGUAGAUGUCCUGGUGUCGUAUCUACAAAUGAUUUGUUGAUAUGUUUAAUUACAGGAACCUGCAAUAUUGUAUUGGCCUCAUAACACUGCUUUUGUUACAAAGAUGUAUUUAUUUUAGUAUCUCUGUUAAAAAGCUUUAUUUUUCUUCAAAAUUUUUAAUACACUUUUGAAGUAUUGAGACUUUAUAAAAAAUAAUGUAUACCUAUGUGGUUGAGAUCAAUGUGAACGAUAUGCAAAUUAACCUUACUGUUUAUUCCACUGGUCCUUUGGACUAUUGUUUUCACGAUUACCCCAGGAAUAUUGCUCCGACAAUAGAAAUAAAUUACAUUCAAAAAAACCUUCUAGCAAAAAUUGUUUGUUCAAUGUCUAAUACUGCAAGAAGUAAAUUAUGUUGGAAUUUUUUAGCAGUUCAAAACAAAACUGAAGAAAAUUUAGUUAAAAUUGACAUUAAAUGUCUGGAAUUUUCAUGAAAGUCAAGGAAACUGGUGGAAUUGAAAGUAACUUACUGUUCAGAAUGGGUAGAAUGAAUAAUUCUGAUUUACUGUUUAUUUUCAUGAUAAUGAUCCAAGUACUAGCAUGUAUACUACUGUUUCUAUCAAAGUUUGAUCUUGUGUUGUGCUAUUUAGUCAUGGUCAGGCACUCCUGGUAGGAUUAAACAUUCAGUUGAUUUUUUAUUUGUGCUUUGCUACAUAAAUGUACUUUCAAAUUUAAUCCUGGUCAAGGUACUCCCAGUGGGAAAUUAAAUCAGGUGACCUUUGACCUGCUCUUAGCUGCGGGAACCGUAGCUUCAAGGCCGAUCUUUUUAAAAAAAUCGGACCAUCUAUAACAUUCUUUAUUUUUUUAAAGAUCGGGCCUAGAAGCUAUGGUUCCCGCAGCUAACUUGCUCUAUGAUACUUUCCAGUUUAGUUCUGGUCAAAAGAUACUCCCAGUGGGAGUUUUUGAUUCACGUGACCUUUGACCUGUGCUAUGCUGCAUGUACUUUCCAUUUUAGUCCUGGUCAAGAUACUCCCAAUAGGAGUUUUCAUAAAGUUGACCUUUGACCUGUGCUAUGCUAUCUUCCAUUUUAGUCAAUUGCAUAUUUCAGGGGUUUUGAACAAACAUAACUUGCUAUGACAAAUGCAGCACUACUGUUACAAAGUAUUUCAUUCAUGCAAAAUGUUUACAUGUUGAUUAUGAACUUCCAUUUUCUCAAUUGAUUAGCCAGUGCGAAACAUGAGCUUUUGUGUUUAUACAAGAUAUAUGUAAAAACAUGUAUGAAAAAAUGUUUAUAUGUACACAUACCGUAAAAACCCAUGUAAUUUGCGCACCUGUGUAAUUUGCGCAGGUAUUUUUUAGGGCUGAAAAUCGGGAACAUUUUCGUAAUAGUAUGGGGAAAUGCACCGAGAUGUCGAAACGUAAUGUCGUAAGUUGAUCGGCGAUUCU